CACCUCUGGCUGGGCCGGGAUUCCUCGCGGGACGAGCAGGGCGCCUGCGCCCUCCUCUCCACCCAGCUGAACGCGCUGCUGGGCGAGCGCCCCGUGACGCACCGCGAGGUGCAGGGCAACGAGUCCGACGUCUUCAUGGAGUACUUCCCCCGCGGCAUCACCUACCAGGAGGGCGGCGUGGACUCGGCCUUCAAGCCCACCCGCCCCGGUGCCGGCCCCGUGCGCAAACUCUACCAGGUGAAGGGGAAGAAGAACAUCCGGGCGAGCGAGCGGGGCCUGAGCUGGGCCAGCUUCAACACCGGCGACUGCUUCAUCCUCGACCUGGGCGAGACCCUCUUCGUCUGGUGCGGGGCCAAGUGCAACGUGCUGGAGCGCAGCAGGGCGCAGGAGCUGGCUGCGGCCAUCCGGGACGGCGAGCGGGGCGGCAAGGCUCGCCUGGAGAUCGUGGCAGAUGGCGAGGAGCCGCCUGAGAUGCUGCAGGUGCUGGGCCCCAAGCCCACCUUGCAGGAGGGCAGCCCCGAGGAGGACGUCUUGGCUGAUCAGAGGAACGCGGGGGCAGCCAUCCUCUACAAGGUGUCGGACGCAACGGGGCGCAUGGACCUGACCCAGGUGGCCGCGAGCAGCCCCUUCAGCCAGAGCCUGCUCUGCUCCGACGACUGCUUCGUGCUGGACAACGGCGCCGGCGGGAAGGUCUACGUCUGGAAAGGGCGCAAGGCCAACGAGCAGGAGCGCCAGGCGGCCCUGAAAGUGGCCGAGGAGGUCAUCGCCCGCAUGGGCCACUCGCCCCAGACACAGGUGGAAAUCCUGCCCGAGGGCCGCGAGACGCCCCUCUUCAAGCAGUUCUUCACCAGCUGGAAGUGA